UAUUUAAUUUAAACUAUUUUAAAAGGUAUUAUAUGAUAAAGCAUUGAAGUGACCUUCAAAUAGCAUCCCUCAGAACUGUUUUUUUCUCUCCAGUUCUUAAGUUAAUGUGGUGGUAAUCUCUCUUUUUGUCUUAAAGUAAACAUUACCUUUCAAGUAGUAUAAUUGCUGUCUUUUUGUUUAAAAAACCCUGUUCUUCCUGGGGUCUUUGACAACAAUAAAUGUAGUCAUCAGCUAGUAUAGUUAUUCCCUUUUGUGUUUAAAUUAUUUGAGAGUGAGGAUUCUUUCUGGGAUUUUUGGUCUCCACCCAGUAUCAAUGACUGACGCUACCCUGUAGUACUUAAAUCACUGGAUGAUAGAAAGCAUCUUUGUCUUCCAAGAGGAAAGGAUUUAAAAAACAGAUUGUGUAAUAUGUACCUAGUACCUAUUUUACACUGUGAUUAAAUACUUAGGGUUGAAUAGGAUAAAAUAUAUAUUUAAAACAUUGCUCUCAGUGUCAGGACACUUACAUAUUCUGUAAGCAUUUUAUUUUUUAGGAAACAUUCUUUAAUAAAUACUCUGUGAAUGUUUAUUAAUGGCACUCAGACAAGAUAAAAAUAAUUAUUUUAGGAGAAUUUAGAUUAAAAGCGGGAGAGUAAUUAUUGUGUAGUAUUAGAACUAUGACUGGCAGUUUGAUGGACUGAAGGAGAGAAGGAUGGUCUCUAGUAAAUCAGUAACAACCCCUUCAGCUUCAGCAAUAGUGCUAAUUAUUUUUUUUAAAUAGAGCCUCUAGGAUCAAACGUUUUAUGCACAGUAACAUAUCUAAUUUAAAAGUGUAAAUUAGGACUUCCCUGGUGGUCCAUUUGUUAAGAUGCCUCACUUCCAAUGCAGGGGCAAGGGUUUGAUCCCUGGUCAGGGAACUAAGAUCCCAUGCUGCACGGCAUGGCCAAGAAUCUUUUUAAAAAGUGUAAAUUAGUAACUUUUUUGGAGGGGGGGGGUGAUGAGGAAGUGUUUGGAAGUUGGCCUGAGAAAUGAAACUACUCUUUUGCUGGUAAAUUGUAUAUAUUUUUUAGUGCUUGAGUGUAUUGGUCAGAACAUAUCGUCGUAUACUCUUUAAGGGAAUUUGGGUAAGGGCAUAGUUUAAAAACACCUAGAGAGAACAUUCUGGCUUAUGGAUUAGAUUGCAUUAGUAAACAGGAGAACAAAUUGGUGAAUAUGAGUUAACAAAAAUUUUGAAUAAGAAAUUUACCCACAUGCAUUUAUUUGGAUGUUAAUAAUUUAAUUUUUUAAAGUUUGUUUUAAAACAUUGCUUAUAGUAGCAUGUAAACCUAUGUUGGGUGGGAAAAGUACAAAUGGGAAAUUAGAACUGUUUUAAACAUGUAAAUUAAAUGAUCGACCCUACAAUUUUGGUUUUUUUGGUUUUUUUGUUUUGUUUUUAUUUUUGUUUUUUGGUAAAGUAAUCUGGAUUGCUUAUUUUAUAUGCUGGGAUGCUAGUUGUUUUUUCUAUUAAUACACUUAACUUGCAUUCUAGCUUCGCCAUUCAGAGACAGGCAUCGUGUGGUGGGUUGUGUGACAGUGUCUGUCAAUAGUGAAGACAAAUAGUGCCAGAGACAUUUAACCCAUCCAAUCUCACCCAGGGUAUAGGAUUUGCCUCUGAAGCAGGGAGUGUCUGCAUUAAAAAUGACCUGUAGUUCUCUGCUUCAUAGAUGCUUCUUCAGCUCCCUCCUCUUCCUCCAUGGGCGGUGCUUGCAGCUCCUUUACCACCUCUUCCAGCCCUACCAUUUAUUCUACCUCAGUCACCGACAGCAAGGCUAUGCAAGUGGAGAGCUGCUCCUCAGCCUUGGGGGUAAGUAACCGAGGGGUAAGUGAAAAGCAGUUAACCAGUAACACAGUUCAGCAGCAUCCAUCAACACCGAAGAGGCACACAGUCUUGUACAUCUCACCACCACCUGAGGACUUGCUGGAUAACAGUCGGAUGUCCUGCCAGGAUGAGGGGUGUGGAUUGGAAUCUGAGCAGAGCUGCAGUAUGUGGAUGGAGGAUUCCCCCUCCAACUUCAGUAACAUGAGCACCAGUUCCUACAAUGAUAACACUGAGGUACCUCGUAAAUCACGAAAACGAAAUCCAAAGCAGAGGCCGGGGGUCAAACGACGAGAUUGUGAAGAGUCUAAUAUGGAUAUAUUUGAUGCCGACAGUGCCAAAGCACCUCACUAUGUGCUUUCUCAGCUUACCACGGACAACAAAGGCAACUCAAAAGCAGGAAAUGGAACAUUGGAAAACCAAAAAGGAACUGGAGUAAAGAAGAGCCCUAUGUUGUGCGGACAGUAUCCUGUUAAAAGUGAGGGAAAGGAGCUGAAGAUAGUUGUACAACCUGAGACCCAGCACAGAGCUCGGUACCUAACUGAGGGUAGUCGUGGCUCAGUAAAGGACAGAACACAGCAAGGCUUUCCUACAGUAAAGCUGGAAGGCCAUAAUGAGCCAGUAGUGUUGCAGGUGUUUGUGGGCAAUGACUCUGGUCGAGUGAAACCACAUGGAUUUUAUCAGGCCUGCAGGGUAACUGGGCGAAAUACAACUCCCUGCAAAGAAGUGGACAUUGAAGGCACUACUGUUAUAGAAGUCGGCCUUGAUCCGAGCAACAAUAUGACACUGGCGGUGGACUGCGUAGGGAUAUUGAAAUUGAGGAAUGCUGAUGUUGAAGCCAGAAUAGGAAUUGCUGGUUCCAAGAAAAAAAGCACUCGUGCCAGAUUGGUUUUUCGAGUUAAUAUCACAAGGAAAGAUGGCUCCACUUUGACACUGCAAACACCCUCUUCUCCGAUUUUAUGUACUCAGCCAGCAGGAGUGCCAGAAAUCUUAAAGAAGAGCUUACAUAGCUGUUCAGUGAAAGGAGAGGAAGAAGUAUUUUUAAUCGGCAAGAACUUUCUGAAAGGAACUAAAGUUAUUUUCCAAGAAAAUGUUUCUGAUGAAAACUCUUGGAAGUCAGAAGCUGAAAUCGACAUGGAAUUAUUUCAUCAGAAUCAUCUUAUUGUGAAGGUUCCCCCAUAUCAUGACCAACAUAUAACUUUGCCAGUAUCAGUGGGAAUAUACGUAGUGACCAAUGCUGGAAGAUCUCAUGAUGUUCAGCCAUUCACUUACACUCCAGACCCAGCAGCAGCUGCUGCUUUGAAUGUAAACGUGAAGAAGGAAAUAUCUAGUCCGGCAAGACCUUGCUCUUUCGAAGAGGCCAUGAAAGCAAUGAAAACUGCUGGAUGUAACUUAGAUAAGGUAAAUAUUCUUCCUAAUGCUCUGAUCACUCCACUCAUAUCAAGCAGUGUGAUUAAGAGUGAAGAUGUUACUCCAAUGGAAGUAACAGCAGAGAAAAGAUCUUCCCCUAUUUUUAAGACUACAAAGACAGUUGGAUCCACUCAACAAACAUUAGAAAAUAUCUCUAACAUAGCAGGAAAUGGGUCUUUUUCAUCAUCAUCAUCAUCUUCCCACUUACCUUCUGAAAACGAAAAGCAACAACAGAUUCAGCCCAAGGCAUACAACCCAGAGACCCUGACAACUAUCCAAACACAGGACAUUUCACAGCCUGGUACCUUUCCAGCAGUUUCUGCUUCUAGUCAGCUGCCCAACAGUGAUGCACUACUGCAGCAGGCUACACAGUUUCAGACAAGAGAAACUCAGUCUAGAGAGGUAUUACAGUCAGAUGGUACAGUGGUUAAUUUGUCACACCUGACUGAGGCAUCACAGCAACAGCAGCAGUCACCACUACAAGAACAAGCACAGACUUUACAGCAGCAGAUUUCAUCAAAUAUUUUCCCAUCACCAAAUAGUGUGAGUCAGCAGCUACAGAAUACAAUUCAACAGCUGCAGGCAGGAAGUUUUACAGGCAGUACUACUAGUGGCAGCAAUGGAAAUGUUGACUUGGUCCAACAAGUUUUAGAGGCACAACAACAGUUAUCUUCAGUUUUAUUUUCUGCUCCAGAUGGUAAUGAGAAUGUUCAAGAACAGCUUAGUGCAGACAUUUUUCAACAAGUCAGUCAAAUUCAAAAUAGCGUAAGCCCUGGAAUGUUUUCCUCAACAGAGCCAGCAGUCCAUACCAGACCAGAUAAUUUAAUAGCUGGAAGAGCUGAAAGUGUUCACCCACAGAAUGAAAACACAUUAUCUAAUCAACAACAGCAACAACAGCAACAGCAAGUGAUGGAAUCAUCAGCUGCAAUGGUGAUAGAGAUGCAACAGAGUAUCUGCCAGGCAGCUGCCCAGAUUCAGUCAGAGCUAUUUCCUUCAACUGCUUCAGCAAAUGGAAACCUUCAGCAGUCUCCAGUUUACCAGCAGACUUCUCAUAUGAUGAGUGCGUUAUCAGCCAAUGAGGACAUGCAAAUGCAAUGUGAAUUGUUUUCUUCUCCUCCUGCAGUUUCUGGAAAUGAAACUGCUACAACCACCACACAGCAGGUUGCAACUCCUGGCACUACCAUGUUUCAGACAUCAAGUUCAGCAGAUGGAGAAGAAACUGGAACACAAGCAAAACAGAUUCAGAACAGUGUCUUUCAGACCAUGGUCCAAAUGCAACAUAGUGGAGAGAGUCAACCUCAAGUUAGCCUUUUUUCAUCUACGAAAAGUAUGAUAAGUGUUCAAAAUAAUGGUACUCAGCAGCAAGGUAAUGGUUUAUUCCAGCAAGGUAAUGAGAUGAUGUCACUCCAAUCAGGGAAUUUUUUGCAGCAGUCUUCUCAAUCACAGGCUCAACUCUUUCAUCCUCAGAAUCCUAUUGCUGAUGCUCAGAACCUUUCACAGGAAACUCAAGGUUCUAUUUUUCAUAGUCCAAGUCCUAUUGUCCACAGUCAGACUUCUACAACCUCCUCUGAACCAAUGCAGCCUCCAAUGUUUCACUCUCAAAAUACCAUGGCUGUGCUACAGGGCUCUUCUGUUCCUCAAGACCAGCAGUCAGCCAACAUAUUUCUUUCCCAGAGUCCAAUGAAUAAUCUUCAAACUAACACAGUAGCCCAAGAAGAACAGAUUUCAUUUUUUGCAGCUCAGAAUUCAAUUUCUCCACUUCAGUCAACAUCAAACACUGAGCAGCAAGCUGCAUUCCAACAGCAGGCUCCAAUAUCACACAUCCAGACCCCUAUGCUUUCCCAAGAACAGGCACAACCCUCCCAGCAAGGUCUGUUUCAGCCUCAGGUUUCCCUGGGCUCCCUUCCUCCUAAUCCAAUGCCUCAAAACCAACAAGGAACAAUCUUCCAGUCACAGCACUCAAUGGUUGCCAUCCAGAGUAACUCUGCAUCCCAGGAGCAGCAGCAGCAGCAACAGCAGCAGCAGCAGCAGCAGCAGCAGCAGCAGCAACAGCAGAGCAUCUUAUUCAGCAAUCAGAAUACCAUGGCUCCAAUGGCAUCUCAAAAGCAGCCACCACCAAACAUGAUAUUCAACCCAAGUCACAAUCCAAUGGCUAAUCAAGAGCAGCAGAACCAGUCAAUUUUUCAUCAACAAAAUAAUAUGGCCCCAAUGAAUCAAGAACAGCAGCCCAUGCAAUUUCAGAACCAGCCCACAGUUUCCUCACUUCAGAACCCAGGUCCUGCCCAGUCCGAAUCAUCACAGACCUCCUUGUUCCAUAGCUCUCCUCAGAUUCAGUUGGUCCAAGGGUCACCCAGUUCUCAAGAGCAGCAAGUAACACUCUUCCUUUCUCCAGCAUCCAUGUCUGCAUUGCAGAACAGUAUAAACCAACAAGACAUGCAACAGUCUCCCCUUUAUUCCCCUCAGAACAACAUGCCUGGAAUCCAGGGAGCCACAUCUUCACCUCAACCACAGGCUACUUUAUUUCACAACACUACAGGAGGCACAAUGAACCAACUACAAAAUUCUCCUGGCUCUUCUCAGCAGACUUCAGGAAUGUUCUUAUUUGGCAUUCAAAAUAACUGUAGUCAGCUUUUAACUUCUGGACCAGCUACAUUGCCAGAUCAGUUGAUGGCCAUAAGUCAGCCAGGCCAACCGCAAAACGAGGGCCAACCACCUGUGACAACACUUCUUUCUCAGCAAAUGCCAGAGAAUUCUCCAUUGGCAUCCUCUAUAAACACCAAUCAGAACAUUGAAAAGAUUGAUUUGCUUGUUUCAUUGCAAAACCAAGGGAACAACUUAACUGGCUCCUUUUAACUGGAUAUAAAUUCCAUGAAGAAAAUCCUGAUUUCAAGAUACCCUGAGAUCUUGUGAUUCCAUGAGGAUUAUUGAACUGUUACUUUAAAAAGAAAACAAAAUAUGAAAAACUGUGAUUGAAUAAAUGGAUGGAUUUUACUCUGACUGCAAAAGAGCACACCUGUGCUGCCUAUUGCAGUGAUUAACCACCAUUGUUAACACCUUUUUAUUUUAUAUUCCUAAUAACAGUGAUGACUGAGAAUCUAUUUGAGUUUCCAGCUGACAGAAUUAAUUGUUGCUAUUUUCCUAGGCAUUAUUUCUUUAAAAGUACAGUUUAAAUUGAUAAGCUGGAUCACUCAGUUAUUAUUGCUAUUAGAAAAUAAUUCAUGUUUCAUGUUUACUUUUGUUCUUCAUUCAGAUUUUCUUUCCUGCAUUUAGUCAAGUAGUGGCUUUUGAAAAAGGAAAGUUCAAAUCAUAACUUAGGCUGUGAUUUUUCAAUAUAAAAAGCACAGCUAUUGGCCAAAGUGAAGCAGUCUUCAUUCAGUUUUUAUAGAGAAACUGAAGGGGUAACAUUCUGACAGGUAAGCUGUAUUAAGAGCUCUACACAGAUAAGAGGACUCUAUUUAUCACAGACAACACACAAACUGGGAACAGCUGGAAUGCUAUUGAUUUUAUUUUUCAGAGAGUUGUUAAUUCUCUGUGUUUCUGUUAAGGGUUUUAGCCAUAACUGUGCAUAGAAAAAUAUAAACAUCUUGCUCUAUUUAAAAAUGAAGGGGAUAAUAUAUGGUAAAUUAUGUUCUGAUAUCCUCCUACAAUAGUUAAAACUGACAGAGCAAUUCAAGUCUGUUUUCUUCUUAUCCCAGUCUUGAACUGGUAUUCCAUUUUUAUGUUCAGCGAUACUGUUCUUCCCCUCUUCUUCACUUUAUUUUAGACAAUUAGUAAUAUAUUACUAGCUUUGUGAUCCUGUAGUAACUUAAAUGAAAAGACCACUUUGAUCUGGGGUAACCCAGCAACUCCUGCAGCACAGGCCGGGGGGUAUCCUUUCAGGAAUGAGGGGAGCUGACUCCUGAGAAACAAGAAACAAUGCAUUUUUUUUCCAUGAACGGUGCUGUUCUGACGUCUUCAAAUUUUUCCCUCUAAUAGGAAACAGUGUAAAUGUUAAUCUGAAAAAAAAAAAGACAAACUAAAAUUUCUUGAAACAUCACUUCUCCCUGAGCUGCAGUGAGUGUAAUUCACUUGUCACCUCAGUGCUUUACAGUUUGAAGUGGUCACUUAUCUGAUGGUUCCCACAAGCCUUAGGCUUUACAGGGUCAUAUCAUUGACUUAAUAUGAAGAAUUAAUUUGUGUUACAUCUAUACAGAGCAAAAUAACACACUCCAGAACUUGCAGUUGUAGCAUUAGUUAUACAGAUUUGGGUGUUCGCACCACCCAUGGGAUGCCUGCUUCUCUCUACAACCUGUUGUCUGGACACAUGCUUAUGUCUUACUCUCCUUUUGGCAUGUAGAAAGCUGUUAAUACAGUUUAAGGCCAAAUUGUGUGUGGCUUCUAUAUGUAGAUAAGAUGUUUUGGCAUUCUUGUCAGUUUCAUUUAUUUUUUAAGUGUACAAAAAAUAGCCUGUUAAUUGUUUGUUGAAGGCUACAAUUCUGUUUUUUAUUUUUUCUAUCCGAUACAUUUAGCUGAACUUUGUGGAAUUGUGGUGUUGGUUUUGUUUAUACAGUCAGAUUUUUCCCCCUUUUUGUGAUGGUCUUCCUUGGUUCUUUGUGCUCUUCUUUAAUUUGUUUUUUCUCUUUGUUCUCAUUUAUUCUUCCCUCCACCCCCAACCCUUUCUUUCUCUCUCUGAUUGAGAGUCAUUGAAUUAUGUUUUCAGUAGUACAGGCUUCUUGCCGAUAUGAAGGGAACUUUUCAGAAAGAGACCUACUCUGGGUCAUUUAAUUUUGAAUACAGUUUUCAAUCGUUCAAGUUUUGGAUGGUUUAUAUCUAAUGUGUGUUUCAUUUUUUUGGAAAGCUAUAUUUUGUAUUUAGGAAAUGGUAUACUAUUUUGCUAUUUGUACUGAGUGAGUACAUUGGCAUAAAUAUAGAAAUUUAUAUAUAUACAUAUAUAUAAACUAUUCUUUUUUUGCCACACAUUUUUGUGGUAAAUUUGUGAGUUUGUCUGAUGUUCUACCACAACGUGGCGUCUGAUAAAAGUGAGGGGGGGUUUGUUAUGUCUUUAUUGAGUAUUUAAGUAUCUUUUGAAACAAAUGACCUUUUCAUCUGUGGCCAUUCCAUCAGGCGGUUCCUUGAUGUGAUUAGUGGGCUAAAGGCAGCUCACUGUGUGUUCGCUGGAUCUUUCACUCAGCAAAACGUUAGAGUAAGGAAACCCAUCCAGGCAGUUGUGUAAGUUGAGUUUCACAAGAAUGAGCCAUUCAGUCUUUGCUCACUAUAUAUUUAAUAUUUUAUUAUUGUUGUUAUUGUUAUUAUUAAUUGGCUUUCUGUAUUCUAUGCCUUUUAUUUAUAAAGACACUAAAAAAAAACCCAUGUUUGUAAUUUUAAUAACAUUUUCCCCAUCUUGUAAUAUCCAGAGCUACUUUAUAAAUUCUCUAAACCAAAAGCAUUUUCCUCAAUAUAUCUCUCUCUCCCCACCCCAUCACGAAAAUUUACCCAGUAUAGUUCAGGGUAUGAGAAGGACCACACAAUCCAGUGCUCCAGUUUUAAAAUGUAAAACUCUUAACUGCAGAGGGUUGACUCAUGUCAGUAAGCUUAUCCAGUGGUAUAAAAAUAAGAAGUAGAAAUAAAAUGCUGUAAGUUUAUUUCUGAGUUUUCUGAAUUUUUUCCCAAGAGAUUACACAGGAGACUCAGGAAGUCUAUUUGUUCAUCAAGUUCCAGUUAGAAUGUUAACACUGCUGUAUGGAUAAAGUGGUGGCAAGAAGACUGGCUUGGGUGCUGACUUCUGUUAUUUAGCAAGAAGUUUAUCAUUGUAAAAUGCUGAUUGCCAAUGCCAAGUCACCAGGGACCAAUUUUCUGUUUUAUAAUAUCUAAGUUUAGAACAGAACAUACACCUGAACUGUAGUGGUUUGAUUGGAUGGAGGCAGAAAACCCAAUUUUUAUUUUCAUAAGUUUUGUGGUUAUUUGUACAAGGGCUGUGCUAAGAUACCAUAUUCUUAUUCAAUAAUGAUGAUUUUUUUUUUUUUUACAUUGUUAAAUGUUCCUUACCCCUAAAAGGUCAAUGUUAAGUAUAGCAUUCAGAACAUACUAUUUGGUUACAAAAAGUACUCGUCUUCUUAUUGAAGAGUUAGCUUAGUAGUCAGUGGUUGAUACUUGUGCUAAUAAUGCAGUUUCAAGAUUACUGUUACAAGUUAUAUCUACAUAUAGGAGAGACUCCAUGAGCCAACAGAGGCCUUGGAAACAACAACUUAUUAAAUUUACUUAUGGCAGAAGGACCUAAAUAAACUAUAAACCACAUUUUAUUCCUUUUUAUUGUUACAUUCAAUCGUUCUUGCUUUUAGCAACUUACAUUAAUGCUUGGAGCUUACCUGCGUGUCUGCGUGAGUGUGUGCGCACGCGCACAUGUGUGUGUGUGUGUGUGUGUGUGUGUGUUUUAUUCCUUAUUGUCAUUCCAUUAUAUAUCCACACCAACAUGGGAGAAAAUAAUUAGAAGUCAUAUUUUGCUUCUGAGCUUUAUCAUGUUACCUUAUUCUAAUUACAAAUAGAGUAUCAUGUUGUUAUCUAACCAAUGCAAAUCUGUUUUCGCCAGUCUCCCUAGAACAGGUUUUUAAAGGGCUUUGUUUAUUAUAGAAGCAGUAUUAAUGAGGGACCUUCCUUCCUUUCUUUUUUUGUAAUACUGUAUACGCUGUAGUUGGGAAUUUCAUUAUAGUGCAUUUCUUGCCCAUCAGAACCUCAGUUAAUCUGCCUAGGAAAAAUUGUGUCAAAGGGAAUGAGAAAAGAAGUUAUAUUGAGUCCCUCCAGAACUAAGAUAAUAAUUCCUUUUGACCAUUUAAGCCAUUAUAGAGGCUUAUUUUGGAAAAGUGAAGUCUGUUUAGAUGCAUCAGCAAUUAUAGACCAGAAAUUAAAUGCUUUAAUAACCAAAAUCUCAAAUUCAGCAUGGUUUAUAAACAUUCACUAGGAGUAAUUUGAGAAUGUUUCAUCUUUCUGGUGAGAAUUUCUGUUCUAGUAUCUGUUUUCCAGUUGUUUUUUUCCUAAUUAAUUGAAAAUUAUAUGAGACCUAUUAGCUUUACUCUGCUUCAUGACCACAGGCUUCAUCCCUAACCAAGACAGCCACAUUAUAUCUGCAUGCCUUUGGUUAUAUGGAGAGCCUUAAUGAGAGAGAGAGAGAGAGACUGUAUAUAGUUCAUCAGCUUUAGAAUCUCAUAACAUGUAUUAAAAAUGGUUUUCUUCUCUGCUUAUUUGUGUCACUAGAGCUAAAUCAUGAAGAUAAUGUUCAUACUGUAGUAAAUAUCAGAAUAAUACCUAGAAUAUCAUUUGUGAAUUGUCCCAGUACUCUAAUUGCUUCUUUAAUCCCCAUUUGUUUUCGUGUCAUUCUAGGCUCAUUUAUUAAUAAAAUUCUAUUUUUACUCCAUUUUCUCUUUCAGGAAAUUUUUUUAAUUAAUAUUUUAGAUCUAGAUUAAAUGCUAUGGAAAAGUGCCUUUUUACCAUGUUAGUGCCCCUUUCUUAUAAUUUCAUUUUUCACUGUUGCCAAAAACACAUAGCGAAUGACUUUAAUAGUCUCAACUUUCAUUUUUUCUAUUUAGUCAUUUUUUUCUCCAUUUCUUGAUCACCGUAGAAACAACUUCAUAACUUUCUAACACCCUUUGGCAUAAGAGGAACAGAAAAGAUACAUAGCUAGAAUUGUUUCUUUGAAGGAGGCUAAGUAAAAGAUCACAAAAUUAUACUAUUUAGCAUUUAUAGAAAUUAGCUAAAUUUGUCUUCAUCUUGACCAACUAAUAAUAGGUCUUAUCUGAAUGCUAUUGAAAAUUUUACUAUAUGUGAGACUAUGUACACAAAUAUGGAUAGUUAAAUUUCAGAAAGGAAGUGUUUGAAGCACCUUCUCUGAUCUUUAUUAUAAGAUGGGUGAAAAUAAACCACUAACACAUAGUUUAGGUAAAGCUUAGUAAUGUCAAUUUUUCUAACCAUACGGAGUCAAAUAAUUCAUUAUAGUGUACUUCUCGUCCAUCAGAACUUUAGAAAUCUGCCUAUGAAAAAUAGUGUCAAAGGAAAUGAAGUUGUAUCUGAGUCCCUCCAGAACUAAAAUAAUUCCUUGCAGCCAAAUACAGUUGGAUUGAGUAUCCCUCUGUUUUUUGUUAAUUUUGCCUAUGUUCCAGCUCCUUACCAUAGUGGUGGUGCCUGAAGAAAGAGCCAUCAGCAACAAACAGGUCAGGAGAGUAGUAGCUUAGGGAUAGAGCUGCUUUCCCCAUGUGAGUAUUUCUGUGACUGUUAGUGGCACUAAAGACUGCAAACCUUUAUGCAAUAUUCUCAAUACCCUAAUGAUAUUAUGCACUUUAAUCAUUCCAAAGAAGUCAAGAAUGCUGUAUAGUUAUGAUUCCUUCUUGAUGAGUAUAUCUUAACUGUUUAGAAUAUUUAUGUCCCUUUUUAUUUUGGAUAGCCAACUUGGUAUGGAAAUAUUUUCUAAAAAGUAUAGUAGGACUUAAGACUUUGAAAUGUAACUGACUAUAAGGGGAAAUUAUUACACUUCAGAAAAUCAUUUUAGAAACAUUAAAAUGUUCGGCUUUCUAAUGAUAUGUUUGAGAGUUAAUUAAAACCAGCCCUCUUCCUAUAUUUUUUGUUUCAUAUUAAUAGCAUUAUAGUAUAUAGUUUUCUAUAUAUAUAGUAUGUAUAAACCAAUGGUUCUCAAAGUGUGGUCCUCAGCCCACCAGCCAACAUCCGUAUCACCUGGGAACUAGUUAAAAAUGCAAAAUCUUGGGCCUUAUCCCAGACAUAGUGAAUCAGAAACUCUGGAGUGGGACUCAGCAAUCUGUUUUUUAACAAGCCUUUCAGGUGAUUCUGAUACAUGCUAAAGUUUGAGAACCACUGGUGUAAACUGUAUACAGUAAGAUCUAGAAAGGGCUUUUUUUUCCCACUCACACAGACACAGUUAUACAUUGUUUUUAAUGUAAAUUCAAUUUAACCUGGUUAUCUAUAAUCAUUUAUUGGCAAUGAUAAUUUAUUCUCAGUACUGCCUAUAGAAAUACAGUAUAUUUUAUGUACAUAUAAAAUUAGUCUAGUUAUUGAUAAUUCAGUUAGUUUGGCAUUUUCAUACCACUUACUAAAAAGUUUACAUUAAAUGACUGAUUUAAAUAUAUAGGUGCAAUGUUCUGUGUUUAUUUUAACUAUUAUGACAGUUAAGUAGCUAAUACAAUUGACGGGUGCUAAAGUCUCCUGUUUAUCCAUAAAAUGGAUACAUUGUGGGCAGUGAUAAUAAAAGCUUUCUUUUCAUUGCCUCUUACUUUACCAGCAGACCACAAUUUUGGCCCAUCUAGACCAACUCUCAGAACAAAAUUAUUUGUCAUUCCUUAUAUUUACAUUUGUAUCUGAGCUAUUAAACAACAUAGCUAGCCAGGUCAACAAAACAUCUUAUUUAAUUUCUUUUUUUAAUAGAUAAAUCUUCUUUUAAAAUAGCUUGCUUUGUAUGAGAAUUGAUGCACUAGAAAUAUAACUAUCCUUGGAACUUAUGCUUCAGACAAGAUGUUAAACAAGACACUGUAUUAUUUAAUUUGAGCAUUUCUCCCUUCCCAGUUAUAUGCAUCCUGUUAAAUGUAAACUAACCAUAAGAUAAGUAGAUUUAUUCAUUCAUUUUAAUCUCCCUGUAUAAUUCAGUACCUCCAUAAUUGUUGGUGUUUACAAAUCACCAAUUAAUAAACUCAUGUAAGAAAAGUAAACAUUUCAAAAUGAAAAUAAUUGUACACUCACUUUAUGAAAAUCACCACUGCUCUCUUUGCUUAAAACUAGCAGUGGAAAUACAAGUGGCUUACUCUGCAAACUUUGGUGCUGGAAAUACAUAGGCAAGCUGUUGGGAGAUGCUCUAGCUACAUUCCUCCUUUCUUGUUCCCCUUCCCCUCUUCCCCGCUUUAUUGCAUACUGUAUUUGUAUAUCCAAAGCAUUAUACCAUACCACAAUUCUGUUCAACUCCAACUUGUAAUAUUUCCUUUAAAGGCUCUGUGUUUAACCGUAUCACCCUGUUUUGUUUUGUUUUUUUUCCAGAAGUAACUUGCCUGAUUUGAAAUAGUUUGUAUUAUUUUAGCUAACGAACCUCAGGACAGCGCGCACACACACACACACACACACACACACACACACACACAUCUCAGAUGUUUGAGAGUGGCUUUGGAAUCAGACUGUGUCCAAUAAAGAACUGUCCUGCAUGGAAGUGUUUAUGACUUUCAUAGCGACAAACUGAUUCCAAUGAUAUUGAGCUAAUUUCCUUUGAUCUAAUGAACGUAUCUGCUCACCUUGUUCCCUUACAUUGAAUUGAUAAGCUCCAAGUAUUUAUUACUUUUUUUGACAGUUUUUACUGUUUCAUUCAUUUCUUUUACUUAGUCUUUUAAUGAAUAUACUACAGUUAUGUCAUUAACCUGUUCUCAAGUGGUUUAGCUACCAUUCUGCCAUUUAAUUUUUUUAUUUAAUUUUAUUUGCUUGAGCACACUGAUCAACCACUGAACUGCCUUCUUCCAUUGUCCUGCAAUGAUGUAAGUAAGGGUUACAUUUUUGUGUAUAUGGCUUUCAUAGUUGGGAUUUCAGAGCACUGACACCAGAUAUUUUCAGUUUAUUCUCUGAGGGAAUUUCAUUUGCAUCUAUGUUUUUAGCUAUCUGUGAUAACUUGUUAAAUAUUAAAAAGAUAUUUUGCUUCUAUUGGAACAUUUGUAUACUUGCAACUAUAUUUCUGUAAACAGCUGCAGUCAAAAAUAAAACAUUGAAAGUUUUCA